UCCUGUACUAAUUGUCACGUUGUUACCACCCCCUUAUGGCGUCGAGAUCAUCUUGGUCAACCACUUUGUAACGCUUGCGGAUUAUUUUUAAAAUUACAUGGUGUCGUACGUCCACUUGCUCUAAGAACCGAUAUAAUCAAAAGACGUAAUAGG